AUGGAUCCGACGUCUACUCUGCGACAUUCAGAUCGCUUCAAAAUGGGAGCGACCGAUCCAAUUCCUUCCUCCUCGCCUGCAUUCGGGACCCCAGCACGACCAUUUCGAAUGCAAAAGACACAUGCUCCACCAACCAAGACGUCUAUAUUACCUAUUCUGCUCCCUCCUUCGACACUCCGACCAGUGGCUUUCCGAACAUUUACUCGCAAGCACAACCUAACUAUCUCAUCAUCGGCCCUGCAAACUCUAGCUGUAUUUGUAGGGAAGAAUUGUGGCUCAGGAUGGCGAGAGGAAGGACUCGCAGAGAGGGUUCUAGAUGAGGUCGCUAAAUCCUGGAAAAGAGCCGGUGGCAGCGUAAUUAUGGAAGAAGGUAAAGGUGCAUCUCUGAAGACGAUCAUGCAGACACUUGAGGGGAGUAUGAGUGGUGGAAGAGUUGUCACCGGAAAAGCCAACCCCCAGGAUGGAUCUGCAAGGCCAUUGAAUGGUGGCAUGGAUGCUGGGCGCACUGAAUCCAACACCGAAGGAACCAGACCAGGCGAUCCGGACGAGGAUGACUCCAAACUGUCACUACAUCCACGUCACUGGUGCAAGACCAUUGAUGCUUUCGACCUUCCCCGAUUGACAUACAAUGUCGACAAGAAAUAUUUCGAGGCAAUCAAGUCCAAAGCUACGCUCUUUCCAUCCCCUUCACACAAGACUGCUCUUUUCAGGGAUCGCUACAAUUUGGUUUACCAGCGCUUGCUCCGGAAUGAGACCUUCCAAAGUUCAUUGGGGGUUAUAGGCGUCCCUUCCCUGCAGCGAUCAUCGUCGAACCUGGCAACUCAACAGUCGUACAAGUUAACCCCAAUUGCGAACCUCCUAGGCCGAAGUGGCAGCUCCCAUCUGUUGCUAGGCCUUCUAUCUACUUCACCCACGGGUGAUUUGACUUUGGUAGAUCUAACAGGAAGUGUGGCCUUGGAUCUGAGCCAUGCACGCAUGAUUCCAGAGGAUGGUGCAUGGUUUGCCCCGGGCAUGAUCGUGCUUGUGGAUGGGAUCUACGAAGAAGAAGAAAUGGUGCAGGGAUCUGUAUUGGGAGGAAAUUCUGGCGUUGGAGGUACCAUUGGAGGUCACUUCGUUGGAGUUUCCAUCUGCGGCCCUCCUUGUGAACGAAGAGAUAUCUCGCUAGGGACAAGCAGCCGCCAAGGAAGUGGCGAGCUGAGCUCUAGCGGUGGAUUUGGGUGGGUCGAUUUCCUAGGAAUCGGGAGUGAACGUGCACAAGGAGCACGAAUGAGGAGGAUCCAAGAGAAAUGUCUGCGGGGCGAACCGGAGGCGAUGGAGGCACCGCCUCGGCUCAAAAUGGCGGUGAUGAGCGAGGUCAAUCUCGACAAUAUGAGGGCUCUGGAUGCCCUCCGGAAAGUUCUCAGCACCUACAAUGACCUUGCCCUCGCAGAUCGUCCCCAGACUUUUAUUUUGAUCGGCAAUUUUGUGCAGAAAGCGAUUAUCAACGGAGGUGGCCGAGCUGGGAGUAUCGAAUACAAAGAGCAUUUUGACUCUCUCGCCGUCGUUUUAUCCGAAUUUCCUGCAUUGUUGCAGCAUUCCACCUUUGUCUUCGUCCCUGGUGACAAUGAUCCAUGGGCAUCCGCAUUUUCUACCGGAGCUGCGUCAACCAUACCACGCCAGCCUAUACCCGAGCUGUUUACUUCUCGGAUCAAACGUGCCUUUGCAACGGCAAAUUCAGAACUUGAUCGCUCCCAGUCCUUAGAGCCAAUGGGCGAGGCGUUGUGGACUUCAAACCCGGCGCGCCUCUCCUGGUUUGGGCCUGUGCAUGACAUUGCUAUCUUUCGUGAUGAUAUCUCGAGUAGAUUGAGGCGUACGGCGAUCAAUGUACCGGCCGGCAAUGACGGAGAUGAUGCUACCAUGCACGAGGUGCUGGACAGUGCAACCAAUGCCGCGGUAUCACUAGCGCCAGAACCGACCGACCAAGUCAAUGGAGCCAGAUCUGACACUGUAGCAACCGCCGCAUCGGCAGCUCGUAAGCUUGUGAAAACCAUUCUAGAUCAAGGGACAAUUUCACCGUUCCCACUGCCCAUUCGGCCCGUUCUGUGGGACCAUGCGUCUGCUGUGCAGCUAUAUCCAUUACCCACUGCCCUCAUUCUGGCAGACUCGGAGGCCGCCCCAUUCUGCAUGACCUACGAAGGAUGUCAUGUUAUGAACCCUGGACGGCUCUUACCUGAUGGAGCUGUGCCGACCGUGCGGUGGAUCGAAUAUGAUGUGAUACGAAGCCGCGGAAAGGUGAAGGAGGAACGGUAUUGA